CCUACUCUUUGUCAUUCAUCUAAAAGCCAGAUUGAUACAUUCAAAAAUUUUCUUGAGUUGAAUUUUCGCUUGCCUAAAGGUCAGGGGAUUGCAACACUAAAUAGAACGUCUCAAAAUGAGGCAUUCAAUAGAGUCAAAUUAGUAUAUCUAGAUAAAAAAAUUAACUACUGGAAGUCAUAUGCUGCCAGGCAUGCAUUGGCAGUUUUACAUUAUAAUGAAAGCGUGAUAGAAAGUAGCUAUUCUGCCCAACAAAAAUUAAAUGAAUUGGCGGAAUUCGAUUUCGACAAGGAACUAGUACCAUAUAAAAAGAAAGUGCUAGAACGGCUACUCAAUAAUGAGUUUUAUCCAUCCUUUGCUCUGUUGAUUGUGGACUUCAAUGUAACUAUAAGAUGUAUUGGAUGCUACGUUUUUAAAAAAUGCUUUAAGGAUAAUAAAAUAGAAAAUGAAAUGCAACAAGAUGCAAUAGAAAAUGAAAUAUUAGUAGAUAAAAUAGAAAAUGAAAUGCAACAAAGUGAAAUAAACCAACCUCAAGGUUUAGCCCAGUGUGUUAAAAUAAUUGCAGAAAACAUUUUUAAAUUUAAAUUUCCAAAACCAGAACAAGUAGAUGCAAUAAAAUAUUAUAUGGAAGAUGAAAAAGAUACGCUUAUAAUUAUGAAAACUAGUAGCGGAAAAUCUUUUUGCUAUGGAAAUUUAGGAAAGUUAAAACGAUAUUUUCCUAAUAUUCAGAUCAUGGCUCUUAUUGCAACUUUAUCUUAUGAUAAUGCAAUAGCUCUUCGGAAUGAUUUAAAUAUUGAUGAAAACAACUUUAGGGUUGUAAGGGAAAAUGAUUUAUUUUUGAGUUUGAUUGAUAGUGUAGAAGAAACUGGUCAUACGAUAAUUUAUUGUGCUCGCGUUAAGGACUGUCUUAAAGUAUUUGAGGCGUUAGAUCAAAAGAUAGAAAAAAUAAUAGAUGUUUAUAAUGGUCAAUUGCUAGAUAGUGAAAAGAAUGAUGUGAUAAAAAGAUAG